UGGGUUGCUUUUUUUUCUACCGCAAACCACUGCCAGCAGCCACCGAGCAAAAGAAGCCGUGCGAGCACAGUCAACGCUUUGCCGCACUUACCACCUUGUGUUUAUACGAUUUGUGGAGGCUUUGCCGUUUACCUGAGCCCCACGACAAUAACACAAUCACGUCUAUGUUACGUUACACCGUUUUAUCCUCGCGCUAGCUAACCGGAGCGCAUGGAGUCCGUGUUCGAAAGGUCGGUGAGGUGUUUUGCGGACAAGAGAUCAUCCAGCUAAUGUUAGCUGGCCGCAGCCAGCCGCGGAUAGUACGGAGUGGACGUGAGAGUGGAGAAGCUCGGUGCUGCUGCCCACUCUACUGACCGACAGACGGGCGGACAUUAACCUAAACAAUGGGCCUCAUAUUCGCCAAACUGUGGAGCUUCUUCUGUAACCAAGAGCACAAGGUGAUAAUCGUCGGACUCGAUAAUGCAGGGAAAACCACCAUCCUCUACCAAUUUCUGAUGAAUGAGGUCGUCCACACUUCACCCACCAUCGGGAGCAAUGUGGAAGAAAUAGUAGUGAAGAACACUCACUUUCUGAUGUGGGAUAUAGGAGGACAGGAGUCCCUCAGGUCCUCCUGGAACACCUACUACUCCAAUACAGAGUUCAUCAUUCUGGUGGUGGACAGCACAGACAGAGAGAGGCUGGCCAUCUCUAAAGAGGAGCUCUACAGGAUGUUGGCACAUGAGGACCUGCGGAAAGCAGCUGUGUUGAUAUUUGCCAAUAAGCAGGAUAUGAAGGACUGUAUGUCUGCAGCGGAGAUCUCCAAAUACCUCACCCUGAGCUCCAUCAAAGAUCACCCCUGGCACAUACAGUCCUGCUGUGCACUUACAGGAGAGGGUUUAUGCCAAGGCCUUGAGUGGAUGACCUCGCGGGCUGGACUCAGAUAGCCCCUCCCUCAGCCGACAACGGCCUGAUUACCUGCACCACCCACACUGUGGCAACAUCAGCUUCUCCUCAUUGUUACUUUUUUUUUUUUUUUAUGACAAACUUGGACUUUGACCUCUGGAGACGGCACAAGGCGGAGGAUUAUUGACACCUUCCACAGCUUAAUUGUUACAGUGGAGCUGGUGUUUCUCCAAGUCGAGGGGAACGUGACCAGAUCUGGUGAAACGGUGUGGCUAUCUGGAACCAACGGCCACUUUUACAGUAAAGGAGGAGAAGAAGAAGAUCCUUUCAAUAAGUUAAGAGUAUGUCCAAGUGCAAAGCAGGGCUGCACUGGACAAUAUUUACACUAAAUACAUAUCAUGUCACACCAUAUCAUAGCAAGAGAAUGCCAUAAACAUUGGUGCAGCUCUAUUAUUAUUAUUUUGCCUCUAUAUAAGUUUGUUCAUGUUCAGGUAAAGAUUUGACAGGACAAACAAACAGUAUUGUAAAUCCAGUUCUGAGGGGAACGGUGGCACGAGGGAGGUUUUCAGAAUAAUGUUCUCAUCUGGUUUUUUUCCGUGAGCACAGCCAUUAUUAUGUUACACAUGAUUUCAGUUUCAUAAGCUACAUCGUCGGUGAUUAUAAUCACUAGAAUUUAUUGGUGCCGUAUUGAAAUGUGUUCAAAUAUGAAUCUCCCUCGUCAUUAACUUUGAGCCACGUGGUGUAGAUUCAGUGUUGGCAUGCAAACGUUUUCUCAAAGCUGACUCUCAUUUAGCCAAGUGCGAGUACAAUGCUCCAUUUUAAUGACAGUAUUUUAAAUUGAAACUACAUUUUGUCAAUGCUUUAUGAUUUUAUUUAAUUUUAGCUUUUAUAAAGGAGUGAAAGUUUGCUUGUGGCGAGUUAGCAUCUAAACAUGUUUAGUAUUAACAGAUGAUUAUUGGUGCUCUGCAGGUGUGUGUGUGUGUGUGGCAGACCCACUGCAUCCUCAUAUAAACAUGUAAUUCAUUUUCUGCUGCCAUUUUGGCACAUAUUCCUCUUUUAACAUUUUGUACUUUUUAAACAAAGGGAUCAAUUUAAGCCACCAUCAUACACGUUUAUGGAGAAGUUGUUACUCAUCAGCCAUCUGGACUAGAAGGUUCAGUGGUUUUAGUAGCAUUAAGAUGAAUUAAACUGAAUAUUUUGGCCAUUAUAAGUUAAAAUACUUGAUCCUCAGCCUUAACCAUGCUGUUGUGAGUGUCUGGAGGACCGUAUGUGUAUGAAUCUGAAAGUCUGCCCAUGAUUUUUUUUUAACCCGUUUCCUUCUUUGACCCGUUAUAAGAAUUCCUUGAACUUGGUAACAGAUCUAUGCACGUGUCACUUUGAAACCAUGUCUACCUUUUGCAAGUUACAGUGGCCAAAAAGUUGGAGGUGCAUGAGUUUCAUUGAGUCUGAAUCCAAACGGUGAAGAACAGGCGUCCAUCUUGGACAAGGUCUCUAGAGUAUAGUUUGUUGGACAAGGUAUUUUUACACAAAUAGGGAAAAGAGUGAACUGUGCAGCGUUAAGGUUUACAGCUUUUACCUUGAUCUCACGCUGGUGUUCAGUCUGGGUCAUGUACUGUAUUUCAGUUUUGUUUUCAUUAAAAGUUUGUUUUAAACUUUA